GGUUCCACCAUGGACUGUAGCUGCGUCUCCGACCUGCUCUUCGCCCCGCCUGCCCUGCCGGCUCUCUGGACCCCCGGGUUCGCCUUCCCGGAUUGGGCCUACAAGCCAGAGUCAUCCCCUGGCUCCAGGCAGAUCCAGCUGUGGCACUUCAUCCUGGAGCUGCUGCAGAAGGAAGAGUACCAGGGCGUCAUUGCCUGGCAGGGGGAUUACGGCGAGUUUGUCAUCAAGGACCCUGACGAGGUGGCCCGGCUGUGGGGCAUCCGCAAGUGCAAGCCACAUAUGAAUUAUGACAAGCUGAGCCGGGCCCUGCGCUACUACUACAACAAGCGGAUUCUCCACAAGACCAAGGGGAAGAGGUUCACCUACAAGUUCAACUUCAGCAAAGUUGUGCUUGUCAAUUACCCACUGCUGGAUGUGGCUGCCGCUGCUACGGGAUCCCCACUCCUGCUGACCCCCAGUCCCUUUGCUGGGACCCCUGGGCCAGAUGCUCCUUCCCUCACCCCUGAGACCCUGCAGACCCUCUUCUCUGCCCCGCGCCUGGGAGAGCACGGGGCUCGGACGCCGCUCUUCACCCCUGAAACGGACAAGCUACGUCUGGACAGCCCUUUCCCAUUCCUGGGCUCUGGUGCCACUGGCUAUUCCAAGCCCCCUGGUCUGCUGGGUCCCUACAGCCGCACCUUUCCCGAGUACCCCUGGAACUUUAACCCAUACCUUGCAAGUCCCUUCCCCAAGUUGCCCCCCUCCCUAUACCCCCCACACUUCUACCCGAACCCUCUGGCCAGUUCUCUGGGCCACCUGCCCUCGACAGGAGCAGGGGCAGGAAGUGGCCCCACGACUACACCCCUGCUGGCCACACCAGGGGAGGGCCUGGGUCCCGAGCGUCCCUCGGGCCUGGCAGCAGCCCCCCGCCUGGCACUGCCAGGGGCUGCAGGCCCGGAGGCCACGCUGGGUGGGAAGGAAGACAGCGACUCUGAGCUGGAGAUUACUGACGUCAGCGGCUGCAGCUCCGACAGUGAGGGCGACGAGGGCCUUCUGGUGCCCCCCAAAGCCAAGGCAGGCAAAGGGGGUGCUGGCAGCUGA